AUGAAUAAAAAGUGUUAAUUUAAUUGUAUACUUGUUUAAUUAGUUAAUUUAUUAUUAAAUUAUAUGUCAUUAUUUAAUAUAUUACUAUAAUGCUUAAUGUAAAAUUAAUUAACGUUAUUUUUGGGCGAAAUAGACAAGGCGCGUCUUAGUUUGUUCUCUGUAUCGUGAAUCAGUUCAUUGUAAACAGGAAAUCGGUCACUGGGAAGUGGUGAUGCGAUAAACGGAAACGCAGCUUUCGAAACUGAAUGAUUUGAACUAAUUUUUUUUUUUUUUAAUUAUUAUUAUUUUAAUUAUUCACUAUUUUUCUUAACACCAAAUGUUGACGUCGUCUGCUGGUCAAAGUAGUGUAAAUGCAAUGAAAACGAACAAGAAUAAUGACAAGUUUUACUAAUCAGUUAGGAAUGUGAAUGUGAAAUAUGCAAUUUAGCUGUGAUUUUGGGAGGUCUUGCUAAUACGAUCAAUUAGAAACCAUUAACUGUGUGUUCUUCUGUUAAUUAUUCUCAUCUUAAAUAUGACAGAGUGUCCAGACACAUGGAGAAAUUCCCGGUAAAGCAACUGGGAUCCACGUGACAAACUUUCAUAAAGAUGGCAUUUAUUAAAGAGGAGAGUGAAGACAUGAGGAUUGAAGAAACAUUCAGAGUGAAACAAGAAGAUACUGAGGAACAAACAGGUCUGAAGACACCGAAAGAUGAGAGUCAAGAACUGAAUGAAAUUGAAGAGAAAAAUCACUACAUGAAUCAUGAUUUCAUUAUUGGAGAAAAAUCCAGACAGACAGAAAAGAUUUCAUCACAAAAAAGUUCUCUGAAUACAAAAUCUAACAAAUGUUUCACCUGCCGUCAGUGUGGAAAGAUUUUCAAUCAAAAACAAAACCUCAAUGUCCACAUGAGAGUUCACACUGGAGAGAAACCUUUCAGCUGCCAACAGUGUGGAAAAACUUUCACUCAAAUAGGAAACCUUAAAGUCCACAUGAAUAUUCACACAGGAGAGAAUGCUUUCACCUGCCAACAGUGUGGGAAAAGUUUCACUCAAAAAGGAGCUCUUAAAAGGCACAUGAGAAUUCACACUGGAGAGAAGCCUUACAUGUGUCAACAGUGUGAAAAGAGCUUCACAACAGAACUAAACCUUAGAUAUCACAUGAACAUUCACACUGGAGAGAAGCCGUUCACGUGUGAUCAGUGUGGAAAGAAAUUCACACGUAAAGUAACCCUUACUUGCCAUAUGGGUAUUCACUCAAAAGAUAGCCAUUUUAAAUGUCAUGAGUGUGGAAAGAGUUUCAGUCAUAAAGUAAACCUUAAGAAUCACUUGAAACUUCACACGGGAGAGAAGCCUUACACGUGCGUUCAGUGCCGAAUGACAUUCAGAUAUAAAGCAGCCCUUAAUGCCCACAUGACAACUCACACUGGAGAGAGUCCUUACACCUGCAAACUGUGUGGGAAGAACUUCACACGAGAACUAAACCUUAAGCAUCACAUGAACAUUCACACUGGAGAGAAGCCGUUCACAUGUGAUCAGUGUGGAAAGAGUUUCAUACGUAAAGUAACCCUUAGUCGGCACGUAAGGAUUCACUCAAGAAAGAAUUGUUUUAUAUGUGAUCAGUGUGGAAAAACUUACACAAGCAUGAAACGCCUAAACACGCACGUAGUAAUUCACUCUGGAGAGAAAGUUUUCAAUUGCCAGCAGUGUGGAAAAAGUUUCAGUCACAAAAUAAGCCUUAAGGCUCACAUGAGACUUCACACUGGAGAGAAACCUUACACGUGCCCUCAGUGUGGAGAGCGUUUCACUUAUAAACCAUCCCUUGAUUACCACAUGAGAGAUCACACUGGUGAAAGGCCUUAUAUAUGCAAACAGUGUGGGAAGAGCUUCUCACAAAAAGGAAAUCUGAAGACUCACAUGAUAAUUCACACUGGAGAGAAGCCUUUCAAAUGCCAGGACUGUGGAAGGUGUUUCAAUCGUAAAGUAAGCCUCAAGACUCACAUGAGAAUUCACACUGGAGAAAAGCCUUACACAUGCCCUCAAUGUAAAAAGCGUUUCAGAUAUCAAGGAGACCUCAAACGUCAUUUGCAAGCGGGUUGUGGAAAGAAAUUGCAGUGUUCUGAGUGUGACAAAAGCUUUAGGAAAAGUAGCAAUUUCAAAAAUCACGUGUGCAUUCGCUCUGGAGAAAGACGAUUUAAUUGUGGUCAUUGUAAUAAAAAAUUUAUUUUGCCAUCCCGCCUACAGAUACACCUAAAAAGUCACACAGAUGUGAGACGCUAUUUGUGUUCCUUGUGUGGUAAGAGGUUUAAAUGGCUGAGCGGUUUUAAAUGGCACCAGAAAUUACGGAUCUGUCGGAAAUUAAGGCUCCGUUCACACCGUAGCUGAAUGUGGGCCAAAUCUGAUGAUCUUUACCUCUUUAUAGUUUACAUUUAGACUUUAUUUUCUUUUGUCAUGUACACAUGAACACCUCUGAACUCCACACAUUUGACCAUCUCAAUUUCUAAUAUUGAGUGUUUGCAGUAGAUGCCCACUAAUUUUGCUUGUAUUGAGGUGUUACUCCAUUUCAUAUAUUGAUACCUUGGGAUCAAAAUAUUAGUAAUAUUAAACUUCUAUCUUGCUAUGGAAUGCCACAAUGUCACUGAAAGAUUGUAAAUAAAAGUAUACAAACUGAAUGAAAUUAAAAUUAAACUGCAUUAUUUGAUUGGUCUUUAGUGAGACAAUGAACAGGUAAACAUCUUUUCAGUCUGAGGGGACAUCAGCUGCCCAUUUUUCACAAGUUGAUAUGAUUCUUUAGGGUCUUCAUGAAAUGUCUGUAACACACUUUGGUUGAAAUUCCUCAAUGGUCAUGUAAAAACACAAUUUUUACCUUGUCAAAAACAGCUCUGUUCACAGCGAUCCUUUUCGGUGAUAAUAAACUAUGAUCAUAUUAAAUGAUAAUAAGCUACAGCUUAUCCCACCUCUCUCUUCUGUGGGGCAUGUCAACAAAAGAAUCGCCUUGGACUCCGUAUAUGGCUUAUAAGGUGGUCUUAUUCAAACAGCUAGCUAUCUACAUAACCAGCUGCAAACUGAAACACAAUUUCAGACUAAAAAAUUGCUAAAAAAUACAGUGAAAAUUUCAUCCAAUGUGCCCUUCGAUAUGAAUACGGUUGGGGCCCAUCUUAUGACAUGAAGCUGGUUCCAGCUUUGGGUUGUGUAACA